AUGGAAAGUCGCGGCAUCGUGAAGAUCUCACACACACACAAACAAAAGAGCUUCACUUACAAGCACAUCAAUCAAUCAAUCAUCUACUACUACUUUCUUCUCUCAAAACAAACCACCAUCAAAAUGUUCAUCGACGAUCUCCUCUACAUCCGCGCCCACCUCAGCGGCAAGAACCAGCCCAAGAUCUUCUCCCCCUCCGGCUCGGCAGCCUCCUCCGCCGCGCCCACCCCAGACAACCGCUCCAUCGCCUCCAACGAGAAGAAGCAGAAGAAGAGGCUCAGCAUCUUCUCCUCCUCCUCAGGCUCCAAGCCCUCCGUCAAGGCUGCCAACUGCGGCGCCGGCAUGAAGCUGCCCUCCAACAUCACCCAGACAAAGGAUCACUCUCUGCACUACCAGCAGAUUCGCCCUAUUAUCCACUAA